AUGGCCUCAUCGAAAACUGUCGCAUUCAUCGCUCUGGUGGUUUUAGUCCAGAUCACUUACUGUCAAGGUGUUCAUAGAGAAGUUAGAAGUCCUUCUUCCAAAUUAGCCCGAAUUCAUGCUUUAAUCGGAAAUUCAAAUAAAGAAUCACCUGAAAUCUAUUUCCCAGACGUAGAAUAUCCUUCUAAUAUUUUAGAUUUGAUAGAACCAUAUUACUAUAAAACUAGUGGCAGUAUUACUGAAGCAUUUCCUAAAGAAGUUAAAGAGAUAUUUAAAUCAAUGGAAUCUAAGAAACUAACGAGUGUUCUUAAUACGAGUAAUAAGGCUGCAGAAAUUAAUUCAUUGCCCGUACAUUUCAACCAAAAAGAGGACAAAGUGGAGGCCAAGAAUAAGUUUUUUACGCAAAAUAAUAUCUCUCAAGAAAUAUCAAUAGAUUCUUUCGUCGAAGACGCUGGAAGUGACAACUAUAAAGACAGCAUUAGUUCACAAGAGAUAAAUGUUAAACGUAUGCCUUUAAAUACAACAAGCGAGAUUUCUGCAAAUGAAGAAUAA